AUGUUGGAAGGAAAAGCAAUAGUUCGCGAAACAGACAUGCCAGAUGCAAUGAAGAGCCAUGCUAUGGAGUUGGCUUAUCAGGCUCUGGAUCUACAUGAAGUUGCUGAUUGUCAGUCCAUAGCUCAUUAUAUUAAACAGAAUUUUGAUAAAUGUUAUGGACCAGCAUGGCACUGUGUGGUUGGCACAGACUUCGGUUCUUGCAUUACACAUUUAUGUGGAAGUUUCAUUUUCUUCCGGGUGGAGAUGAUGGAAUUUCUCGUAUUCAAAGAUGGGAAAGAUGUGUCCCAAAGCAAGGAAGAAGCUGUAGGAGUUCUGCACAAAGCUGCCUAA